AUGCGUCGGCGAUUGCUUGCUUCGCGGUGGGUCUUUCGCCAGAGUGUCAAGGAGAAGGCCCGACGCAUGCGCUGGGGCGGUCGACCGCCAGAGCCGGGACGCAGAUUCGAGGCUGCAGCACCGAGACGGAAGGAGUUGAAGAGCCAGGAGACGAGGAUUCCCAACAUCUUUUUGGUCCCGGGCGUCCUCGACGCGGAGGAAGCCCAUGUCCUAAUCAAGGCAUCGGAGGAGGCGAACUUCGAGCUGCAGACCAGCCGCGGCCCGGCCUUCGGCGAGGCUCACAGGCAUCACUACCGGGUUUCAUUUGAAGACCCGCAGUUUGCAGAUGCGCUUUGGAAUGCAGGCCUGAACACAGCUCUGGCAGCGUUGCGUGUGGGCAGUCGUCGCCCAGUAGGCCUCAAUGAGAACAUUCGCAUCUACAAGUACUCCGGCGGCGACGUGUUUGGAAAGCACGUGGAUGGUAGCAAUCAGACGGCCAGGGGCAAAACUGAGUUCACACUGCUGAUCUACUUGAGCGGCGAGGAGCACGAGCUAGUGGGUGGAGAGACAGCCUUCUAUGCUGGUGGAGCGGAGGUGCUACGAGUAGCGCCGGUCGCAGGGCAGGCGCUGGUUCAUCGGCAUGGAUCCGAAUGCCUUCUGCAUGAGUCACUUGCGGUGACCCAGGGCGUCAAGUAUGUUCUUCGCUCUGAUGUCGUUUUUGCCGACAGCUCCGAGUAA